UUUGCAGCAAGGCGGAAAAGUACGCGCAAAGAUGCCGGCGGUUGGCAAAAUUUUUGCCAGGGCCCGGCGUUGUGUGCGUUUCGGCGCGUAUUCUAUCUUUGCGCCCGGGGCCCGCGCGUCGGCAGCCUUCAGGGAGUUGGAAGAGCGCAAGGACUUGGGGGGCCGAAUUGGGCCCGAUUCGGCCGGGCGGGCGCGUGCCGCCCGGCCGGGCGCAUAUUGCUGUGGCGCAUAGAUAGGAGGGGGGCAAGCCUCUCGCGGGUGGCCGUGCGUUGCUUCGUUCUUUUGCUGGUACGCAGACGCCGCCGCCAUUACCCGACGCCGGCCGGCCCCAUGCAUUGAGCAACCUUGUGACGCCCGCCCUGCUUGGUGGUUUCCCCAAUAUGGCGGCGCGGCCGCAGAAAAUCGCGGAGGCCGCCCGCGAAUUCCGCAGCCCCGACAGCGUAUCGCCCUAGGUGCCCCAAUUGGGGCAAGAAGAGAAGAAAGGGGGCAAAAGGUUGAAGGAGAAGGGGCCCAGCGUGCGCCGGGUCAGCAUGCACGCCUGCCAGCAACCGCCCCCCCGGCCCGGCUGGGCAGGGCUCGGGCUACGCAUUCCAGCGGGGGCCCACCGCGGCGCGCGGGCGGCCGUGCGCCGAGAAGCACCAGACGGGUCUACGAAUCAACCCAACCGAAGCGGGGCCGCACAACUCGGAGCGCCCGCGUCCGACCCGCGCCGAUGGAUGGCGCUACUUACUGCCUGGGCGAAAAUACGGCCCCGGGGGAAUGUUCCAAGAUUCCCGGCCCGCGGCCCGGGGCAGUGUGGGCCGCUCGCCGUUGCAUUUUCCUGAGAGAGGCCGCAGGCCGAGCCCCCGCCCGCGCGCCCGCCAGGGUGCCGGCGCCGGUUUGUCUGGGCGGCGCCUCCCAGGGUUUGGCGCAAGAUGUUGCUUUCCGAAAACAACAACCCGCCCAGGGUUGCAUCAAAGCGAAAACUUCGCUGUGAUGCAACACGGCCGCGGCACCCGACAGGCGCCCUCGUGCCAGUCUGGCGCGAACGGAUCGACUUCUUUGCCCCGACCUGGCGCGGAAGUGGCCGCCAUUACCUCCGUGUGCGAACGCUGGGCCGCAUGUGCGCCCGCGGCUUUCAUUUUCUUACAGAAAUUGAGAUGCCUCCGCGCCCGAGCGAAGUUGGCUUGUGGCAACAUUAUUGGAC